AUGCCCGUCGCUCAGCCACCCCAGCGCAUCCAAAUCGGCUCUCGCUUUCCUGCCUGGGACACGGAAGAGUCCUGCUUCGAGCUCGCCUUCCGCAAGGAAGCCACUCGCCGCGACUUUGCACCGUCUUGGGACGACACGAACUACGUUCCGGCUACCCACACGUUCUGGGGCUGCGCACACACGGCGAAGGGGAAGCUGUCCGAUGACGUCCGCUUCGCCUGCGGCGAAGACAUGGCUGGCGUACGGAAGGAGUUGAGGACGGGCGCUUUCAGGGAGUUUGCGCGACUCAAAAAGCUUGCGGACGUAUUCAAGAGGGAAGGAGUGACGCGGUGGGCAUCGUCUCAACAGCAGUUGGUCAUCUGGGACGUGUGGGUCGCGAUCGGCUUCAAGCGGGCGAAGCAGUUUGAGAAGAAGAUGCUCGGGGACGGUCUGGUCGUCGAGGGCUACCCGUCUCAAGGCGUCCUCGACAACUCGCUUUCUCCCGAUUCUGAUCCUCUCGCACACCCUCUCGCCGCCGUUAGUGAAGGGCAGGGCGAGGUCGAGCAGCUGGAAGGGCGCGAAAGGAACGACAGUCGCGGCCAACAAGGUGAACGGUGGAGCGGCAAGCGCGAAAGGGACCAGCGAAUGCAGGAGACUGCGCCGGUCACGCCGAAGAAGGUCGCCCGGGAUCUCGUCCAGACAGCCAACAAAGCCUCGCAGUCCUCCUCUGCCUCAGACCCGGCACCUUUGGCGUUCGUCAAUGAAGCUGUCCUCGCGCCGCCGGAGCGCGCGCCGUCCUCAGUCGUUUCGCCUUCCCCCUCGAAACGCCUCAGUGCCAGCGGCAGCAAGCGAAGCAGCACGUCGUCCGACUCGCCAGCGACAAAGAAGCGCAAGAGCGAGUCCUCCUCGUCGAGCGCGGAGAUCAAGCAGGAAGUCAAGGCGGAGCACGAGCUCCAAGUCUUGUCCUUCAAGGCGCCCAGCUCUUCCGCUCCCUUGCCUUCGCGCGCGGCGCCCGAUCCCACAUUCCUCGCCUACCUCACCGCCCUCGACACCGGCGGAGCAGUCGACUAUUCCAUCUUCGCCUCGGACCUCGCCCACCUCGGAUUCAAGAACCACAAGGCGCUCGAGCGAGUCGCAGCGACGGCCGAGAACUGCAAGCGGCUGGUCAAGGACUUGUCGAAGCUGAGGUCGACGGACAAGUAUGCGCUGAUUAUGUUCGAGGAGGAUCUGAAGGCGAAGGUUGCGGGAGGAAGGGACGGCUGA